AAGCGAGCAGAGGUCAGCUCUCCGGCACUGCUGGCCGCCUCUUUCCCCGGAGACCUCCACUCUCCUCUGGCCUCUGCAUCCCAGAGCUGCGGCUGCCACCCGGCCGAGGGGACCGGCCAGCCCUAGCCCUGCUCCCUGCGGGAACACAGCUGGCGACACCCCAUUAGACACCCGGGUCUAAGAAACAGGAGGAAAAGACCUUCAGCCCCCUCUAAGGAGAAUCAUGGCAUACAACCAGGAUCCUCCGGCUGAGACCCCCAUCAUCAAGUUCAAGGGCCAAGACUUCAGCUUCUUGCGGGAUUACUGCCUAGGCAGAGGCCUGCUAUUUGAGGAUGAGACAUUCCCUGCUGAGACUUCCUCCAUAGGUCUGGGGCUUCUCAAGGGCCACAACCUCUCCCGCCUGAUGUGGAAGCGGCCACAGGAUAUAUUAGAGGGUAGAUCUGAGCCUCAUUUCAUCCUGGAAGGUGUGAGCAGAUUUGACAUCCGACAAGGAAAAGCAGCAGAUUGCUGGUUCCUGGCGGCACUGGGCUCCUUGACACAGAGCCCACAGCAUCUGCAGAAGAUCCUGAUAGACCAAAGCUUUUCACAUCAGUAUGCAGGGAUUUUCCGUUUCCGGUUCUGGCGGUGUGGCCAGUGGGUGGAAGUGGUAGUUGAUGAUCGCCUCCCUGUCCUGAACAAGGAGUACCUGUUUGUGUAUCCUCGCAGCAACCAAGAGUUCUGGCCCUGCUUGCUGGAGAAAGCCUACGCCAAGUUCCACGGGUCCUAUCUCAACCUGCACUACGGCUACCUCCCUGACGCCCUGGUGGACCUCACGGGAGGGGUGGUCACCAGUGUCAACCUGCACUCCUCCUCUUCUGACCUGGUGAUGGUGGUGAAGAUGGCGGCCAAGGCAGGCUCCCUGAUGACCUGCGCCACCCCGCCAGGGAAUACUGACAGCUCGGUGUGCUUCUCUCCCUUGAAGCCGACAGAAGAGGCCACGGUCCUGGAGAAUGGCCUGGUGAAUAAGCACGCCUACACGGUGACCGAUGCAGAGCAGAUUCAGUACAGGAGGCGCUGGGAAGAUCUCAUUCGCCUGUGGAACCCUUGGGGCAAAACUGAAUGGAGAGGUCGCUGGAGAGACGGGUCUCUGGAGUGGCAGGAAACCCACAGCCAGCGGAAAGGCCAGCUGCAUGAGAAUAAGGAUGAUGGCGAGUUUUGGAUGUCAUGUCGAGAUUUCCAAGAGAAUUUCUCCUCCCUGUUUAUAUGUAACCAAUUUCCAGUCAGCAUGGACCGUGGAAGCAUGCCCCCUGAAAGAUGGUCCCAAAUGAUAUUUAAGGACCAUGCCAUUCCAGGACAUCAGAGGGACAUGCAGUACUUCUUCUGUGUACCAGAGAACAUGGAAAGCAACAAUGUCAUCGUGUCCUUCAACAUCAUGCCACAAAAUGUAAGGACAAAAAACAAGGAAUUUCCACUCAUCUUCAGUGUGUUCAAGGUCGACCCUCAGUUCCAGCACUUCCGGGAGAGGCUGCCAUCUACCUUUUUUCACCAGUUCAGAAAUCCAGACAAGGGCAUAACUUCUCAAAGCAAUUACAACCUCACAAAGUACUUCAAUCUGACACAGGGGACCUAUGUGGUAGUCGUCUCUGCGCACAAAGCAGUGGAGUUCUUGCUCCGAAUCUUCCUGAAGAUGCCAGAGAGUGACAGGAACCUGGGCAGCAACUUCAACCUCAGAGCACUGAAGGGGCUGAACAUUGAUGCCAGCCAGCUUCAGACCCUUCUCAACCAGGAACUGCUAACAGGGUCUCCAGGGGACACGUUCUCUUUGGAUGAGUGCCGCAGCAUUGUGGCUCUGAUGGAACUGAAAGUGAAUGGGCGCCUUGACCAGGAGGAGUUUUCAAGGCUGUGGAGCCGUCUCGUCUGCUGCCAGAGUGUUUUCCAGAACAUCCAGAAGCACUCUGGAGUUUUCCUGAGCUCAGAUUUGUGGAAGGCCAUAAAGGAUGCAGACUUCCUUGCAGGGAUCUCUGUCAACAAAGAGCUGCUGGACCUCAUGACCCUCAGAUACAGUGACCACACUGGAAGGGUUGGCUUCUCCAGCCUGGUCUGCUUUCUGUUGCGACUUGAAGCCAUGGCAAGGACUUUCCAGAACCUCUCUAAGGAUGGAAAAGGACUCUACCUGACCAAAAUGGAGUGGAUGAAUCUGGUCAUGUACAACUGAAGCAGAGAGUAGAGCAGUCCCCAGAGGCCAGAAAUAGUGUCUUGAGGAAUGGGCCACCUUCUUCUACUCUGCAUGACGCUGAAAUACGGGCAGCAGUGGCCCCGAUCCUGCUGACUUACCGACAACAGCUUUCCCCAGAGCCAGCCAACUUCUAUCCUGAUAAAUCCAUCUCUCCCAUCCUGCAGACCGAAGGGAUCCUUUUUGAGAGUUGGGAGUCUGGAUUUUCCUCUGGUGAUGUGAAAACUGCCUACCCACUCAGGCAAAUAUACACCUGGUGAUCACUAGGCACCUUUAGAACCGAGGGUGCGUAGCCUUCCAGGGCUGACUUUUAAAGAGAAAUGUACCCAAUUAGGAAAAUGACAUGGACACUCCAAGGACUUAACCAUGAAGGAGAGGGAAUUGGAAUCCAGGAAACAGGAGAUCCACCCCCAGAUCCUGUGCUCACUCAGGCAGUCCAAGGACGGAGAAAGCUGUGCCGCGGACAAGAGAGCAAGAUGAGCAACCUUUGGGAAGAAAGGAACCAACAGUUUUUCUGAUCACUUAAUCAUGGGAAAAUCAUGUUCAGAGGCUUUUGAAAUUCUGCCGGAGAGUUCCAGGAGAAUUAUUAGGAUAAUGGCAUAGACUAAGCAGAUUUUUUAAAUGAGGUAAUUAUUAACUCCUGGAUGAACAAAGAAUUAUAGAAGAAAGGAACUGUGGUCCUGGAAUAUCUCUUCACUUAGUAGAGAACAGUACAUACAUAGUCAUAAUAAAAUAAAAAUUGAAUAUUGAUUUAACAAAAUAUGGGACAUAAAUAUGUUGGAGAAUGG